AGGACGAGUUUCUCUGCAUUUUCGUGAGGGUGGGAAGGGGCCCGUACGUAAAUAUUUCACCCUGCCUUUUCCGCACAGCUCUGCGAGCUCUCCCUCUCCACGCAGGGGAACUCAUUCUCCGGCGGCCACCUGCUUUUCCGGCGACGAAAAAGUUCUUCUGCAACGUGCGGCUGAUCCAGGUGGGCUGGCACACGAAGCCACACCCCGAUGACAUGAUGGAGAUCAUACUAAAUAGAGCUUUCCCUUAUUGUGCCUACUGAUGUCUGGGGACGGUUAUAAAGCUCAAAGUAUCAGUGGCAUGGACUGUGAAGACUAUAAGGUGUUAAUUGGUUUUAGUGAGAAGGGUUACAAUAUCUUUCUAGAUUUUAUGACAAGGGUUGCUGAGUUUGAAGAGUUGGUAACUAUUGGUGGUCGAUUUCUUUCAACCUAUAAAUUGGAACUAGAGUUAUUUCGGCGGCCUCCCUUACAGAUGAAGACUACUGUCAUCAAAGAGAUUAUGGAAGCAAAUAAUAGUGGAUGGAUGAGGUCAUACAUUGAAGCAGGAUGCAGGCAUCAACACACAGACAUAGACAACAUAAACAAGUUGAACAUGUGCCAGCAAGGAAUCCACAAACAUAUAGUGAAGGCAAAGGCUCUUCUUGAUGAACUUGGAUGUCUCAUGGAGAAUGUGCUUGUAUUAGUUAAGGAGGAAAUCGAGAAAUUAUCACAUUAUAUGGAUGAGCUCCAGGAUGACGGUUUGGUUUAUCCAUUAAUUAGGGCGGAGGAGGAACCAGAAAACAUUAAUCAAUAUCAUCAGAAUACCAGUGUUUCAGAAUGUGCCAUGAUGAUGCAGGCUGUGUAUGGCAUGUUGGAGGAUGAUUAUGUAAUGCAGGAGAAGAUAGUUUCAUCAUUGAAUCUUGCUACACCCUCGGAGGCACUGGGAAGCUACUGUUUCAUGUGGGAUCUGCGGCCAUUUGUAGACGAUGACGUUAUUAGGGCAGCAUGGAGGCAUGUCAGGACAGAAGCAAACUUAGGCAUAAAGUGAGCCAGCCAGGUUAGUAUGUGAGGGGACAGGACGUCAAUCAGGGGCUUGCGUGGGGCGCAAUCGAACAUCGUUGCCAUGACCUGACAUAGUGGUGUAAGUUGAUUGGGACUGAUGCUGACAAACUUCAUUCAGCUUGAUUGGUAGGAACCAUGUGUAGAUUCUACAGGUUUUGGCAUUUCAACCAGACCAUGUACAACUGGACUCUACAGCUUCAGUUUCGGGGAAAGGUUGACAGACAGGCACAGCUAUUUUAGUGAUAUUAUCAAUGCUCAGGUUUGAAAAGUUCACAUUUGUCUUUACUUAAAGCAUCUAAACAUUCAAACAUGAGCACGCUUUUGUUAUUUAUAGUUAAAUAUUUGGAAAAAAAUGAAUAAAGUGUAUCUUAUUAAA